AUGUCUACCAUGACAGGAAGAGAGGAUUCCACGGACGAGAAGCCCAAAGUCAAGAUUUUGGCGCCGACUUUUGGAAUCGACAAAGCGCGGCUCAAUGGACCUGGGUUUAGAUCUAAAGGUUUUGCAAUCACCGACCUCCUGGGUCUCGAGACUGAUUUGCAACCCCAUCCAGCAGGACCCGGAGUUGGUGCCAACGGCGACGGCCAGAGUGCAGGGAUUGGGGGCUUCUCUUUCGCCGGGGGCUCCUUGCCCCUUGGUUUGGGGUUCCUCUGCAGUCUAGCGGCACAGCAACCUCCCGGGACUCCCUGUUUUCUCCCGAGCCACAUACCUCUUCUUCAGUCCAGGACGGAGAAUCAUUUUAUGCAGAAUUUGGAGCCGCAAAGGGAGAACUAUUCCGAUGACGACUGUCUUUCUGGAGAUCGAAAUGAUGCAAAGAAUUCAGGAAAUUCUCAAAAGAGAAAAAAGAGGAGGCACAGAACUGUAUUCACGUCACAUCAGCUCGAAGAACUCGAAAAGGCUUUCCACGAGGCACAUUAUCCAGAUGUUUACGCAAGAGAAAUGCUCGCGAUGAAGACGGAAUUGCCCGAGGACAGGAUACAGGUGUGGUUCCAGAACCGUCGGGCCAAGUGGCGGAAGCGCGAGAAGUGUUGGGGUCGCAGCAGUGUGAUGGCUGAAUACGGGCUUUACGGCGCCAUGGUUCGCCACUCCAUCCCGCUCCCCGAGUCGAUCAUCAACUCCGCCAAGAGCGGGAUGAUGGGGUCCUGCGCUCCCUGGCUUCUAGGUGAGCCAGCAGGCAUGCACAAAAAGUCAAUGGAAAUAGUGAAGAAGCCGCCAGGCACACCGGAGUCCACUCACUCGGACUCGUACCCGGAGGAAACAAAGGUGAAAGACAGCGACAUCGCCUGGGCGAACAGAGCCAACACAACGGACGACUCCGAGGACAUGGCAAUAGACCUAUCCAGCACUUCCAAGCAGGACAGCAAAAGCACUUUGAAACCCGCGCCGCCCCCCAAGGAUACCAGGAGUGAUUCUGAAAAUGAAAGCUAAACUGGUGUAAAUAAACGUGAACUCGGACAAUAUCGUGUAUAAUGCACGCAAAGUACAAACAAAAAAAAGACAAUGUAAACGAGACCCGUGCAAUGUUCACAUCGAGUUGUUAGGAGUGUGCUCGUCUUCCUAUUUUCAAUUAUGUCAUAAUUGUGUGUGAAAAUACGUUUUAUAACGUAUUAAUAAUGUUAAAUAUGAGAGAUUAAUUCAUGUUUUUUUUAUUUCUAAUGUCCAUUUACUCUGUAUUUUCUGAAAUGCACUUCUAAUAAUCAGGGGUUUUUACAUCAAGCUGGUUCUGUCCACAUUUUUUAUUUUUAUUUCUUACAAACAUCAAGUACUGAGCUUCUCUUGAACCAUUUUCCUCUUUUUCUGAAAAGCUGAAAGGCUUUAAAAUAUCCAUGGCAGCUGAUGGAACAUUGUAUAUUCAGGUGCAUAUGAGAGCAAAACUGUUACUCUGAAUGUCCCGCUUCAUUUCUAUGCACUAUAAAAUGCGUUUAGAGGAGCUGAAAGCCAUAUUUUUCACAGUCGUUGUGUAGAUCUCGUGCUGUAUAAAAAGAGGAAAGAACAUUCUUGGUUCUCGAAAUGCAAAAUUGUCAAGCACUUUAGCCGUGUGGAUGCUGAAUGUUAUUAAAAAGUUUGUUUGUGAAAAUAAGGUAGUACCAGCAACAUGAACAAAACUACAUAUUGGAAAAUAAAUUUGAUACGCCAUG